UUUUGUUUUGCCGGUUCCUUCCUGUCCACUCAACAGUUUCGGCAUACAGUUCUCAGUUUACUACUUUAAUUGGAACUCGGAAAGUUCAGCCGGCCGGUGAUGAAGACGAUUGAGACUAAGGAACUCACAUUGAAGGUUAAGAAUUUCUCCAAGCGGAAAGAAACCGAGAUCUACUCCGACAUUUUCCUAGCCGCGGGCCACAGAUGGAGGAUUAUGAUUUACCCGUAUGGGAAACGUCGUAUUCCCGGUUUUCUGGCAGCAUAUGUGAAAUUUGUCGACUGGAAAACAGAGCCCUGGGGAUGGAAUGUGCCAGCGAUCAUCAGCUUGACUCUUCUCGACCAACUCAACGGCACCUCCUCUGUGCGAAAGUGUUCGGCAACCAAUUUCCAUGGAAAAUCUUAUACCUCCUGGGGAUUCCACCGAUUCGUGUCACGGGCCGAUCUUCGUGAUCCUCAGAAAGGGUUCCUCCUCGAUGAUACCCUUCUUAUUAAGGCAGUGGUUUCUACAGCUGUCGAGACUAUUGAAGCUCCAAGUUAGCAAUUUCAUUGAAUCUGUGCCUUGAACGAGAAGUAGUAUCGGUUAGGCCAUAUGUCUUUUUGCCAUGGUGACUACAGUUGAAAGGGUGAUUUAGUUUUUGUUAGAAACAUCCUUUUUUUCUUCUUGGAAGUUAUUCCAGUAUUUAUUUAUGUUAAGGGAGUAAAUUAUAUGGAUAGUUAACGGGGAAUUAGAUUAGACCUUAUAUUCUGUAAUUGUGGAAACUUUUUCAUCAAGAAACUACUCG